AACGCUUGGAAAGAGUUAGGCGAUUUGAGCGCUGCGAGCGCUAUGUCGGCGUUUGUGUCGUUACUCGACACAGUUUGUCCUCCGUUCAGGGACUUUAUCGGUGAACACGCUGAAACACGAGCGAAACUCGCCGCGAAUAAAAGUGGAGAGGACAAUCAGCAGCUCGAAGUAAUUCAUCAGACGGUGAACGCCGCAAGCGAUAUCGAAAAGUUUGAGAGUCAGCGGCGUCAGAUUCAAGAAGCGUUGAAUCAGCAAACCUAUCAUCAGUUCCGUGCAUACGCCCAGCAGCAAUUCGUGGGCGAUCCAAUUCAGGUAGUUUCACUGAAUUUUUUAGCCUGA